AUGGACUACUCCUCCAUAGCACAUGAUCCAGCUGACCCGGUGGAGUCGUCUCCUUGGGGCUCUCCACGUGCUGAUAGAGACACUUUUGGCGGUGCGGGACAUGGUGCCGACGUCGUCCCUGCGCCCUUACCUCCGCACCAGUCGCCCUACGAUGAUAGCCACGAUAGCGAACAUAAUGCGGGGAAUGCGCACGCUGCAGUAUCUGAACAGAAUGGUCCAUUGAAUCCUCCUCGCAGCGUUCCAUCAAAUGAGCACGAGUAUGCGCAACACCAGGCGGCUCCGCCGCAGCAGAAACGGACAGAGACGCCCGCUCGUUAUCAGACCGGAGCUCGGCAGAACGUGAGACAGGCUGCGCCGACGUACAGGCUACAAGGAAAGAUAACGGCACUCGAAAGGACUGGCAAGAAGGAUCCAAUUCUUCGAUUCGAUGUUUACACCAAUAUUCCCAAGUUUCGAACCACGCAAUAUCGAGACAUACGUCGCACACACUCUGAAUUCGUGAAACUAUCUGAACAUUUGAUAUCCUCAAACCCCGAGGCGAUUGUACCCGCUGUUCCUCCUCCGCUCACUCCGGCCGGCGCGGGAACCGAUGAAGAUGAAAUUCGCGUCAAGGCAUCGAUGCAGAGGUGGUUGACAUAUGUGUUUAGUAAUGACGUCCUUGUGCAUGACGAUGAGAUUGUGCUCUUUGUGGAAAGCGAUUUCGGCUAUAGUCCAGUUGUGCGAAUGAAACAGCCAGCUACCGGAGUUCGCCGAAAGGUUAUCAAACAGUUUGCGCCACCCCCAGAUGAUACUCCUGAAUUGCAAAAUGCGCGCCCAGUCGUCAAGAUGUUUUAUCUCGGUGCCCUAGACGCCAGUCAGAAGACCGAUCGCGUGGUUAAAGCUAGAAGAGGACUUGGUCUUGCGGAGUCUGACCUUGGUGUUAAAAUCGGACACAUGCAUGUACAGGAAACCCACACUGGGUUGAGCAACGCCUAUCGGAAACUUGGUCGCGUUAUCCAAACAGCCGGUGACUACCAUGCUGCUCAAGCCACAGCGGAAGCUACGACUCUAGGUGAUCCGUUGGAGUACUACUCCUCUGACGCAUUCAUUGUGAAGGAGACCUUGACGAACCGACAUAUUCUUCUCCGAGAACUGAUUCAAGCCCAACAGACGGCUCGUAGUAAGCGCGCCGCAGCCGACCGUCUUAAGGGUAGCUCAUCGGUUCGCCCGGAUAAAGUGGACGAAGCUAUUAGCGCUCUGGAUGAAGCUCUUGGACAGGAAACAUACCUUACCAAGAAGACGCAAAGAGUAACAUCGAACCUGUUGCUGGAGACACGACGUUGGUUUGAUCGAACAUCAAGUGACGUCCUUUCUAGCCUGCGCGAAUAUACCCUUCGACAAAUUGAAGCUGAGCGCCGAACAUUAGCUCUGCUCGAAAGUGUGCGACCUGAUAUCCGAGCAAUUGACUCGUCUGGUGGACUCAGCCGUCUUGGCCGAGAGUCUCACCCCACAGUUCGUCGAUCCAGCUUGGCUUCCAGCCAGGGUCCCAAGGGCGACGCAUGGAGUGGCGUGCCCCGUCGAAACGAUAGUCUCAGCCGAAGUAUGAGCGGUAGCACGGUUGUUGUGCCCGUUCUUGCAGACGAGGCUGCAAAUGGUGAUGGUGCUGGCAAUGGGCGGGCUCGCGCUCUCAGUGGAGUUGGCUCUAUUGCAGAGGAGGAUGACGAUGACAAGCUUGACGCAAGAAAUGCAGCAAGCCGAUUGGCGACAAGCACAUUCUGA